GAUUCGCGUUAGUCAGAUUUCGCUUUUUCGAACACUUUGUUUCCCACUAGGCAUCGUCGCUUCCCGCCCUAGUCAGCUUACAUCGUCAUACCGAAGCGAGGGGUCCUCAACCUUGCAAUCUCCAACAUACCUCCCCCUUUUUUCCCCCGCCACGCACGUUGACUCGGGGAUUUAUAACUGAGAUCGUUUCUCUUUUUUGGUUUCUGGACCGUAAGGGCUCCCCGUGGAUAAGAACCGACCGACUUCAAAUUGAAGGCCUGCUCAGUCUGGAUACACACCAUGACUGAAGCAAGAAUGUUCAUUAAGACUGAGCCUGACGAACCCAACAGUGACCAGAACCCUUUCAUGAUGUCGCAAUCCGGAUAUUCCAUGCAUAACCAAUUUGGGAACCCUAAUGAUGGGAUCGACCCCUCGGACCUGACAAUGCAGAAUGGUGGAUUUAUGGGAAACUUCGGAUUCGGAAACCAGCAGAACAUGUCGUCUAGCUUCAACUUUGGGAACUCCGGAAUCGAUACGGAUGAAUUGCUGGACUUGGAAAUUAACGGACAGAAUGGUAUUCAACAGAAUUACAUGCAGGAUCAUCCAUCCAGCGCAGGGAUCGCUAUGAGUCAUCCCAGUCAAAUGUCGCAGAUGUACUCGAACACUCCAGAGGGUGGACCCAUACACAGCCCGUUCAUGCAGAGCAGCUUUAACUAUGACCACUUCCGGGGAGUAAACCAAGGACAGCUGGGUUCUUCCCAUAUCCAGAGCGCUGGGUCCCACCUGGAGCAAAGUUACCUCAAUGGCAAGGCUCGACCGAGCAUGCAGGCAAUGGACCGAGCAUCGAUGGAUGCCCGCAGCCCUAUGACCCCCAAGACUCCCGCCAUGGGUGGAUUGGCGCUUGGGACUCCAGAAUCCGGAAGCUUCCCUUCUCAGCCAAUUCGAACAGGUUUACAACACCGCCACCACAAGACUCUUUCAAACCAAUGGGAUGGCACGCCCGGAAGUGCGCAAUCAUAUGCUGAAUCUCCCAUCUCAUCCCCAGGUCAUCCAUCUCAUCACGCGGCCAUUUCGGAAAUCAUCAAGUCAGGAAAGCAUGCUUCCUUGCCGGCCAAGGUUGAUGCUCACCUGCCUGGAGGUGGCCAUGACACGGAGUCACAGGAAGCCAAGCGCCGACGCAGGAGGGCUUCCCACAACCUGGUUGAACGUCGCCGACGCGACAAUAUCAACGAGCGUAUCCAAGACCUUUCUCACCUAGUACCCCAGCACCGUCUGGAAGAUGACAAAGUUCGCAAACAGCUCGUCAACAGCUCUGCCCUUCCCGGACCAGGAGGCACCCCCAAUGCGGCCACCUCACUUCUGGCCGGUGGAACAGGCCGACGUGCUGCCGGCAAUAUCACCAUGGGUCUCCCAAUCGAAGAGAAAGAGAAGGGCCCAAACAAGGGAGAUAUCCUCAACGGCGCUGUUGGUUGGACGAGAGAUCUUAUGUGGGCUCUUCAUGUGAAGAUCCAACAGGAGGCCGAGCUUGCCGAGUUGAUCAGCAGCCUUGGAGGAACCUGGCCGUUUGAACAAACCGAGGAGGAGAAGCGAAUGCGCACCGAAAUCCUGGACGCCAUUGAGAAGAACGACCCAAGCUCAUUCCAGUAUACCCGUGCACCCGGUUCCGGGCUGCGAGUUCCCAAGCACACCAACAUCGCUGGUGACGCGACGUCAAAUGGUGCCUUGAGCCCCCAAAGCCUGAGCCCUCCGUUCAGCGGAUCCAACAACGCCGGCCAGGCACAGUACUGGAACACCUCUGGCCAUGCCGGAAUGAGCUUCAAGGAGGAAGAUGAGUACGCCAUGGAGAUGAACUAGGCUAUGCGAUUGCUGCUCGAACUGUGCUUUUCUUAUGAUUGCGCGUCAUAAUUGUUGCAUACAUGGCGCCAACGGAUGUGGUAGCUGACCGGCGUACGCAGGAGUGAUAUAUGGCUAUAUGGAAUUUCGUAUCUGGUUUUGUUUGAUCUGCAUUGUAUGCUGGGUUUAGGUAGAGCUCUCCUGUUCCCGUUUCAUCGCGUUAUGAUAUCUUGUUUGUUCUAUCUGUUUGUAUUGCGCGCAGAACACAGCAUGCCUACUUACCCUACUUACCUACGGUUUUUGUCCUAGCAUCGCUUCUUUUCUGAAC